AACUUUAAGCUAGACGUCAAGUUGCCCAAUAUCUUCACCCCCCCCACCCUUCUUUUUUUUUUAAGCAUUGAGAGAACUCAACUGUCGACGGUCAAUUCUCUGGGAUUAAACCAUUAAACAAACCUAAACAAGAGCAGAUCCUAAUCACCUUUCGAUAUUUCGUUUCGGGUUUUAACCAUUGCGGUUAACGUCUCAACGGCCUCACACUGUUCGCUAACACGAGAAAGAAGAAUCUAUAUGCUCCCUCGCCUCUCUUUUCUCCUCCGUUCUCUCCACCCUCCUUCCUCCAUCGCAAUGGCGUCUGCUAUUUCACGCGCCUCCAUCACUUUCUCUCUCGAAAGCUCUCCAAUCACCUUCUCCAUCUGCCGCUCUUCUUCCAAUCUAUCUCUCAUUCGCUACACGGCUCCUUUCGAUGUCCCUUCCUCAUCGAAAUCUUCCCUCUUUGGUAGGAGAUUUCACGCUUUGUGCCGGGAAGGUAGGAGACUAUCGAGGCUAACGCGAAUCAUUUCGGCCUCGAAUAGAGAGUAUCGGAAGGUGAGAAGACGGCCAGCGAAGAGUAAAGAGAAGCAGUUGGAGCUCAGUGUCAGUAUUUGCAUUGAAGAAGAGUUACCUGAUGAUCAUGAAAUUUUGAGCAUUGCGGAGUUACUUCGUCUUAAUGUGCCAAUAGCGAUGAAGUUAGCUUUUGACCGUUUAAAGGGCUCAAAUUAUAAAACAAGAGAUACUGUUAUUCAAGAUGUUGGUGGUUUCGAAAGCGUAGAGUUGUCUGUACUCCUUUGUAACGAUGACUUCAUUCGGAAACUAAACAAGGAAUGGAGGGACGAAGACCAUGCUACCGAUGUCCUGUCCAUGUCAGAACAUGUUCCUGAACUUAAGCUUCCUAUUCUUAUGUUGGGUGAUAUUGUUAUUUCUGUUGAGACUGCUGCAAGGCAAGCCAAAGAACGAGGGCACACACUUAUUGAUGAAAUACGCAUCCUUAUGUUUCAUGGGUUGCUGCAUCUAUUGGGUUUUGACCAUGAGAUCAGUGAAGAUGCUGAAGAAGAAAUGGAGAAGGAGGAGGAAUUUCUUUUGAAGAGUCUUGGAUGGAAGGGAAAAGGACUAAUACAGAGUGCAUACGAUGCUGAAACUAAUGCAAAUCUUCCUAUGGAAAAUUCAAAUGAUAAUAUGUCAAAAGAUAGGAAGAAAGAAGGUAGUCUUCGAUUCUACAAACCAAAGUUCAAGUACAUCUUCUGUGAUAUGGAUGGUACACUGCUGAACAGCAAAAGCCAAGUUUCAUUGACUAAUGCAAGAGCUUUGAAAGAGGCAUCAUCAAGAGGUGUAAAAAUUGUGAUAGCCACAGGAAAAGCACGUCCUGCUGCAAUAAGUGUUCUGCAGAUGGUUGAUUUAGCUGGCAAAGAAGGCAUCAUCUCAGAGCACUCUCCUGGGGUUUUCUUACAGGGAUUACUUGUUUAUGGUAUAAAUGGACGAGAAGUUUUUAAAGGGAAUUUAGAUCCAAAUGUUUGCAGAGAGGCAGGCCGUUACUCUUUGGAGCAUGAGGUUCCUCUUAUUGCAUUUUGCGAGGAUCGCUGUUUAACCCUAUUUGAUCACCCUCUUGUUGACACACUGCAUACUGUAUAUCAUGAGCCAAAGGCAGAGAUCAUGCCUUCAAUUGAGCAUCUGGUGGCUGCUGCUGACACACAGAAGCUGAUCUUUUUUGACACUGCUGAGGGAAUAGCAACUAAUUUGCGUCCAUACUGGUCAGAAGCAACAAGAGAUCGUGCUAAUGUUAUCCAAGCUGUACCAGACAUGCUUGAAAUCAUUCCCUUGGGGACUUCAAAGGGGAGAGGAGUAAAAAUGCUACUUGAUCAUUGGGGUGUCAAUGCAAAUGAGAUAAUGGCCAUUGGUGAUGGGGAAAAUGACGUUGAAAUGCUUCAGUUAGCAUCUCUAGGAAUUGCUCUCAGUAAUGGAUCGGAGAAAACAAAAGCUGUGGCUGAUGUAAUUGGUGCUAGCAAUGAUGAAGAUGGUGUAGCUGAUGCUAUCUUCCGAUAUGCAUUCUGAAGACCAACUUCACGCUUAAGACACAGCACAAUAGCUCUGAUGGGAUGCAGCCUGCAAAUUUUUGACACUUAUUUCUGCUCUUCAUAUGGAAAAGUUAGGUCGACGUGACAUAACUAGUGAUGAAUUUGUCCUCUUUGCCCAUUUAUUCAUUUUAGGUCAAAAUAUGCCAAAGGUCCAUGUACUAAUCGAUUUUUAGGAAUUUAAUCUCUUUAAUACUAUUUAAAGGAACUAAUCAUUGUAGUAUUAUUUUUAAGGAUUUUAGUUCAAUAGUUAAUAGUGUUAAAUUUUAUUCGUUAAAUGGCUGACGUAGCUAUUAACGUGAUUUUCUUUUCUGUUCUUAACUUUGUUAAUGUUGACGUGUAUUAUAAAUUCUGGCCAUGUGGACUACCAAAAAUUCAUGUCGACCAUUAUUUAAACUUAAUAAUAUAUUAAUAUCAUUAACAAAAAAAAAUAAAUUGUGACAAAAAAAAAGAGAAACAGAAAAUUGUGAAACCAUAAAACUGAAAAGAACUUAAAAUCCUUAAUUCUCAAAUCCUUUGUUUCUCGUUUGUUCUAAAAGAUCAUGAACUCAAAUUGAAAUCUUGGAAUAGAAAAGUUGAAGGAAUUGAUUAAAAGUGAAAAGGGGUUCAAUUUUGAUGAAUCAAUAAACUUUAUAAGAAGAAAUGUUCAAUUUCUCUAAUUCGGAUUGGAAACAAGAACAAGUGUGAGCGAUGAAUCGUUUUUCUCAUUGGUUUAUUAGUAAAACUUUGUUGCACUUUGAUUGCAAUCUGUUAGUUUUUUCUUAUUGAUAUUUUUAUAGAAUUGAAAAAAUGGAUUAUUUGAAAACCCUAAACCCUAAUUGCUACAUUGAAAAGAUUGGGUUGACAGGUUUAUAUUCUUUAUUAGAAUUGUUUUUUAAAGAUUAGGUUUGCAAUGUUACAUUGAUUGUGGUCAUAUGCAAUGAUUUCCCAUUAGAUAUAGUGAUUUCUUAUUAGCAUUUUGAUUGGGUUGAGCUUAUUUGAAG